AUGAUUAGUGAUAAUACAGAAGAUUUGUUUAUUUGUGGUAAAUGUCGUACGAAUUUUACGGAUUUAAAUACUUUUCUAACUCAUCGAUCUACUUGUAAUAUUCAACAAUCAUCAAAUUUAUUUCCUUUAUCAAAUAAUUCAUCAUCAAUAUUACUUGAAAAAGAAUUAGAUGCAAUUAUUCAAGAUGUUUCAUUAACUAUUUCAUCGACACCAAAUUUUUUUGAUGAAUCUAUUCAUACAGAAGUUUCACCAACAAAUGAAUUUGAUUUAUUAUUUUCUCAACCUGUUGAGCAGAAUACUAUUCAUAAUGAAAUAAUAAAUACAAAUGUUUCCAAUCCUACAGAAAGUUCAUUUAUUGAAAAUGGUAUAUCUCAAAUGAGUCUAUUAGAAUGCCCUGUAUGUGAUGAACAAUUUGAUGCACCAAUAAUAUUAGAAAAUCAUGUUUUUGAACAUUCAACAUGGAUUGAUGAAAAUGAAAGUACAAAUUCGAAACUUGGUUUACCUUUUGAUGAUUCAUCAUCGAGUUAUACAGAUCUACUUGAUGAACAAUCAAAUAUACCAUUAGAAUGUAAACAAUGUACUGUUACAUUUGCUUCAAAUGCAUCAUUGAAUAUACAUAAAAAAAUGAUUCAUUGUCUUCAACCAGUCUUCCGUUGUUUAAAUGACACUUGUUCUCAAUUAUUCGAUAAACCUGUUGAUUAUAUACUUCAUGCUCGUAUUCAUAGUCAAAAACGACAUAUGGGUACUCGACGUUCAACUCGUAGUACUGUUUAUAAUCGUCAUCGUAAACGUACAUAUCGUUGUAGAAUAUGUAAAACAUGUUUUCAAACUUCAGAACAAUUGCAAUAUCAUAUGCAUAAUGAAACACAUAAAUUUUUAUGUCAAUUAUGUCCAGCUGAAUUUGAAUCAAAUAAUUCAUAUCAUAAUCAUAUAGCAAAACAUAGUGAUCUCGCACUUUAUCGUUGUACAAUAUGUAUUGAAUCAUUUCAAAAACGAAAUGAUUUAUCACGACAUGUUAUAACACAACAUAAUGAAGAUUUACCAAAUCAAAAAAGUUGUUCAACUUGUAAUUUAACAUUUAAAACAACAUUUCAUUUAAAUCGACAUAAUGUUACAAAACAUUCAAAUAUAAAACCAUUUAAAUGUGAAGAAGAUGGUUGUGAACAAGCAUUUGCUCGAAAAGAUAAAUUAAAACAACAUGCAGCUAAACAUACAGCAUCUGGUGGAUUAUUUAAAUGUCAUGCAUGUGUUAAAACAUUUGUUCGACCAGAACAUUUACGUGAUCAUGAUAUUGUACGACAUUCACAUCAAUAUCCAUUCCGUUGUGAAGUAUGUCGAAAGGGUUUUCUUCAUAAAACUCAAUUAUAUACUCAUCAUAAACAACGUCAUUCAAUAGAAAAUCAAACAAUGAAUGAAGAUAUAAAAUUUUUUACAUUCGAUCAAACUCAAGAAGAACAAGGCUUUAGUAAUUAUUCAACGAAUUUAUUCUUAGAACAACAAUGA